AUGGCCACGUCCCUUAAGUAUACCUCCAAACUUGCCAACCAGCGUGUCCUCGUCCUGGGAGGCACUUCCGGCAUAGGGUUCUGCGUGGCUGAAGCUGCUCUCGAGCACGGGGCCCAUCUAGUCAUCUCCAGCUCCAACCAAGAGAAGCUCGACAGAACAGUCAAACGGCUUAAGGAGUCAUAUCCCUCGCAAACCGAAAAGCAGACCAUCACCACACACGUCUGCGAUCUGUCCGAUGCCGUCUCCCUGGACGCCAAUAUUCAGUCUCUUUUCCAGGCAGCAACCAACGGCGGCACUGUCAAGCUCAAUCAUGUUGUCACGACCGCAGGUGACAUGCUGAAGCGACCCUCUCUGGAGGAGGUCACUCCGGAGAUUAUCUACAGCGGAAUGAAUGUCCGCUUUGUUGCGCCGGCCAUUAUGGCCAAGUAUAUCCAGAAAUAUGUGGAACCUUCUACGUCCAGCUCAUUCACCGUUACUGGGGGAGUGCGUAGUCAUAAGCCUGCCCCUGGGUGGUCUGUAGUUUCUGCUGUGGGCUCUGCAGUGGAGGGCCUUGCGCGAGGCCUUGCUGUGGACCUGAAACCCAUUCGAGUCAAUGUCGUUUCCCCAGGUGCGGUUCACACGGAGCUUUUCUCGCUCUUCCCAAAGGAGCAGCUUGAUGCUAUGUUGGAGUUUUUCCGGAAUAGCUCUGUCACUGGCACCGUUGGCAAGCCAGAAGAUCUGGCAGAAAGUUAUAUCUAUUUGAUGAAAGAUCAAUUCAUUACGGGGAGCAUUAUUGAGUCGAACGGCGGUGCUUUGCUUGUUUGA